AUGAUUAAUACGGCCAAUUUAAGUGAGAUUGAAGUAUGUGAGAACUGUCAGAAGGUUUUGUACAUCACCUCCCUAUACUACAACAAACAGCGGUCUAAGCCUUUCCUGCGACGCAAGGUUAAACAUCUUUGCAAACGGUAUUACGAGGUAAGUCGAAAACAACACAAGAAUAAAGGGAACAACAGUUUAAUAAGUCUACGCUCACUUCAUGAUAAUACCUAUGUCAUUUUUAGUACCGUCGACAUUGUCUGGUCACUCUUGUCCCAAAAGCCGACUUAAUUGCUUUCACGAUUGAUAACGCGUUGGAAAAUGGCCAGUAUCAGCCUUCCGACACAUGUACUCUCAUUUCCGAAUGUGAUAAGAACCAAGCGCCAAUGAAUUUCAGCGAAAUUAAUGUCGAUGAGUUGGAUGGAAGUGGACUCGACCUAUUCUUCGAUCUGGACUAA